CGACCACUGCUGCUCCACCUGGGGGAGGAGUUGUCCCUCCGGGUGGGGGGGGGAUCCUCCUCCGAUGGCUCUCCAGGUCUCCGCUCCUCCUCUUCGGCAGUGAGCGGGGCUCCGGAGGUGGAGGAGGCGCCCGGGGUGAUGGGCCGGAGGUCCGAAGAGCCUCCCAUCUCUCUGGACCUGACCUUCCACCUGCUGAGAGGAGUUCUGGAGAUGGCCCGGGCCGAGCAGAUGGCCCAGCAGGCCGACACCAACCGCAAGAUGAUGGACACCUUCGGAAAGUAG